UCCAGCACAUUAAUCUUUGAACGGAAAAGAUUUCGUCGCAUAAUUACCGCCAAUUUGAUAAAUUUUUUCUUUCUAUGGAAAUAAAUUUAAAUGGUAGGAGAUUCACGUAUCAAAAAAUGAAAAAUCCUUUGUCGCCGAAAUGGAUGAUAAAAUCCCUGAUUGCAUUCCUUAUACUUUGUGUUGGAGUUUUCUGCCAAUCAGACGAGUCGACAUCUUCAUGGGCCAAACUCCAAAUUUCACCCAGCGAACUCUGUUCAAUGCCCUACGGCAGUUUCCGAAUCAACAUUUACGAACACGCAAACAAUCACAAGGCAACGACGACAAACGCAAGUGUCAAAAAAUAUUUUUACGCGCCCAUCGCCUUGCUGGACCACCAAAGCGCCAAAAGUUUCUUCAACAACGUCACAAAACAGCCCGAGGUCCGUUUCCGCGUUGAAAUGUGGAACCCAAAAGUCGAGAGCAAAGUCGUCAAUUAUUUGACCGAAUUUCUCAGUCAACCAAUCAAAUCAAAUCAGGUUCAAGUCAUCCCAUUCGAUAAAGUGAUCCUGGCCAGCACGUCACCGUCCGCCACUUUCACACUGAAAUCAAAUUGGCUCCCGUAUCAACUGGACAAGUGGCUCCAGUUGACACUUUCCUGUUUCCACCAACGAGAUUGCAACCAACUGGCGGCCGCCAUGCGGACCAACCCCAAACAAUUCAACGACUUCAAACUCCUUUUCAGUUUGUCUUCGCAGACGUCGCAGACCAAACAGACGGUCAUCCGCAUUGACAACAUCGUCUCCGGACAAAUGAUGGCGCAAAUGUUGCAGAAAUUCAACGAAAGUACCAAAGAAGCUCUGCUAACAGCCAGUGAUGAGAAGAAACUCCUGACGGAAUCGAUGACCAACGUCUUGGUCGACACGUUCGACGACUCGGACGUCGUUUCCCAAAAUUCAGAGUCGCAAAUCUACAACAUGUUGAAGAGUUUGCUCGUCUCGUCCAGGAACAUCAUCAAAGAGCAAAGCGACAAAAUGUGGGACUCGGUUUUUUGGAACGAAGACAACUACCGACCAGACAAGACAUCGAAAACAAUGAACGACAUUUACAAUAAACUGGACAAGGAAGAACAGAAAAAGUUGAUUGACACGUUCCAAAAUACCAACACAUUUGAGUUUGGCGCAGGAGUUAGUAUCCUGGGCAUUACCUCGUUUAAAACAAAAUUCAAAAAAGAACUUUCCCGCCACGGUUCAACAACAAAGGAAGACAUCAACAAACUUCUCCAGGAAAGUAAAAAUCACGGCGAAUGGGACGGUGAAAAAUUUGUUCCCAAACCGCUGGCCCUCAGCAGAGUCAAUUUGGCAAAACUGCGGGACACGCAAUCCUUCCAGGAUCGCAAAGUGAGCGUCCGCUACUCGACCGCCGUCCUGUCAACUCCCAUCCAUUUCCUACAAAACUCUGAGCUGACAGCCACGGAUGAAUGGCAAGAGUUGAAAGACGAAUUAAAAGAAACACAAAAUCGUUUAUCAUACGCUUUGAAACUUUUAACAAAGAGGCGCAUCACUUUCGAAAAAUUAGAAAAGCAGCAAAACGAUACGAACGCAACUGUUUUCAAUUUAAUCAACGAUGUAAAUGAGAGAACGAGCGCCAUUGUCGACAUUGGUAAAAUGCCCGCGUCCUGUGCCGACCUCCGAAAAAUCGGACACAUUAAAAGCGGAUUCUAUUCCAUCAUGGGAAAAAGCAACAUGGAAACUGUUCACUGCAACUUCGCAAAGCAACAACGCGAUCCGGAUUUCCAGAAAGUGAUCGGCUCCUUCGUCGUUAAAUCAGGACCCGUUUACUUCCACGCUCAAUCAACGACCAGUUUUCGAAGUGUCAACACGGCAAUUCCCUUUAACCUGAUCAGAAUGAAUGUGGGCAAUGCCAUUAGUUCCAGUGGAUUAUUCGUAGCGCCUAGAUCGGGAAAAUAUUUCUUUGCUUUUACGGGAUUGAGUCCAGAUAAUUAUGUUCGAGUUGAAUUUCAGAUGAGGACUGGUGUCAAUUCGAAUUGGAUAAAAUUAGGGCACGCCUUUGGUCAAAAGAAUUAUCAAACUUUGACGCUCCAGUACAUUUUGCAACUUGGUAGAGGCGACCAAAUUCGAUUGAUGUUACAGGACGGAGUAUUGCACAGUGAUACACCUUUUGGCCCGAUUACAAGUUUUUCUGGCUGGCUAAUGGAAGAAAACAUCUUUUAAACAAGGCCCCCUUCAAAAUUCAUUUGAGAAAAA